UUGGUGCCCAGCAGAUCACACCCAGCUUUUAACAGGCCCAGAAACACCACGGAGACAAUGAGAGUUCGGCUCAAAGGGGAUGCCAUCUGUACCCUCUUCCUGCUGGUAGCUCUCUGCUCUGUACUCUACUCCCAGCUGGAACAUUUAGUCCCAGCAGGAAACAAGGAGCCAAGGCAGAAGAAGCCUGCAGCAACACCAAAAAUACUCUCUGACCCCAGAGCACCUUGGAGAUUGAUGCCAGCAGAGGCAAUGGUGCCCAGGUCCCAAGUAACUCCUAGUGUCAGAAGGACAGAAGUGGCCAAAACCAGGGUCCAAACCACGACUCCACCCCUGGUGACCGACACUGCCUUCAACUUCAAGAGCUAUCUCCUAAACAAGGAUAAAAGGAACUUCCAUCUCCUUAUUAACCAGCCCAAGAAAUGCAAGAAAACACCCAGAGGUCCCUUUCUGCUCAUUGCUAUCAAAUCAGUAGUUGAAGACUUUGACAGACGUGAGAUUGUCCGGAAAACCUGGGGCAGGGAGGGGCUGGUGAAUGGGGAGCAGAUCCAGCGAGUGUUCCUCCUGGGAACACCAAAGAACAGGACAGUGCUGGCGACAUGGGAGACCCUGAUCCACCAGGAGAGUCAGACAUACCAUGACAUUUUACUCUGGGACUUCAUGGACACUUUCUUCAACCUGACCCUGAAGGAGAUCCACUUCCUGAGCUGGGCUGCUGAAUUCUGCCACAACGUGAAGUUCAUCUUCAAAGGCGAUGCUGAUGUUUUUGUCAACGUCGAGAACAUUGUUGACUUCCUUGAGAGACAUGACCCCACUGAAGACCUCUUUGUUGGGGACAUCAUCUACAACGCCCGCCCCAUCCGUGCCCGGAAGAGCAAAUACUACAUCCCAGAGACCAUGUAUGGGCUAAGCAUCUAUCCAGCCUAUGCAGGAGGAGGAGGGUUUUUGCUGUCCAGCUGCACCAUGAAGAAGCUCUCCAGGGCUUGCACAGAGGUGGAACUCUUCCCCAUUGAUGACGUCUUUUUGGGCAUGUGCUUACAGAGAAUCAACCUCAAACCCAUUCUGCACGAAGGAUUCAAGACCUUUGGCAUUGUCAAGCCUUCUGCUGCCCCACACCUGCAGACCUUUGAUCCCUGUUUUUACAAAGAUCUCAUGGUAGUUCACAGUCUGAAAGUGGCUGAGAUCUGGCUCAUGUGGAACCUGCUCCACAGCCCACGUCUUUCCUGUACUCAGAAGAAGCAAGUGAAGAAGCCUUUCCAAUGGAAAAAUAAAGUUCAAGGAACAACUCAGGCCUCACCCCACAGCAGAAACACCCAACAAACCAGCUAA